UAUUGAUCAGUUUUUUCCUCAAAGUAUUUUUUUCAUUGAAGUAAAUUUAAUUAAUUAUGGCAUUUUUAAGAUCACAGAAGUUUUUUCGAUUUUUGUCGGUGGGAAAGAACAUUAUAAACUUUCGGGAAUAUGAUGCAGGACAGCAGAUUAUUCAGCCAUCGUCAUGUAUUUGCUCAUCACAAAAUUUUGCGACAGCUAGUGCUAUAAAGUCAACCCAGAACUUGGAAAGUCAGUUAAAAAGACUCGAUCAAGAUGUUAAAAGAUCAGGACGAAUUUCUAGGCGAGAUUUGGAAGAGAUUCUUGAGGAAAUCCGUUCAAAUAAGUCACCAACAAGUUCUCAGUCAUUAUUGGUGAUUCGAUGCUGUGGAAACUUGGUUCCAGAAGAAAAGCCUGAAGUUCGCACACAGAUUGUCAAGGAAAUAUGGACAACACUGUCCAAAUUGAAUGUUCCAAUGGAUAUUUCUCACUAUAAUGCAUUAUUAAGAGUCUACUUAGAGAACGAAUAUGACUUCUCACCUACUGAAUUCCUUGGUGAGCUUCGUUCGAAAGGUGUUGAGCCAAACCGUGUCACUUACCAGAGAUUAAUAUCGAGAUAUUGUCAACAAGGAGACAUUGACGGUGCAACACAGAUCCUUGAAUUUAUGCGCGAAAAGCAACUUCCAGUAAAUGAAAAUGUAUUUAAUGCUUUAAUUAUGGGACAUUCUAAUGCUGAUGACAUUGAAAGUGCUGCUGGAAUUAUCGGUGUUAUGUCACAAGCUGGAUUAGAACCAAGUGCUGAUACUUAUACUACAUUAUUAUGCGGAUUUGCUCGUAAAGGAGAUAUUGAUUCCAUUAAUAAAUACAUUGAAAGCUGUGAAGCAAAGGAAAUUCAUCUUCUCGAUAAGGACUUCCUUGAAAUUGUUCAUGCACUAGCAAUUAAUGGACAUGAAGAUAAAAUUGACAGUAUUUUGCCAAGAUUAAAGAAAUCAAUCGGAUAUAAUCAAGAUGCUGUAAACAUAAUUUUGAGAUUAGUCAAUAAAGGUAAAGUCAAUACAGCAGUAACAAUUCUUAAGACAAUGCCUCGAUCAACUAGAAUGGAUGGCGAAUUAGCAGAUACUGGAAGUUUCCUGAUUAAACAAUUAGUGAAAGCUGAUCAACCAAUCGAACAAAUUUUAGCCGUCUGUAAUGAAAUGGAAUCAGCUAGUAUGCAUGCAAAGCCAAUUUUAAUUGCUCUCGAAGAAGCUUUAAAGCAAGAAAAAGUCCAAGUCGGAAAGAAUCUUCUCAUUGAAAUGAAAAAUAAAGGAACUGAAGUUCGUCAGCAUUAUUUCUGGCCAUUAAUUGCAGCAGCAAAAAAUCAAAACGAAGCAUUCGAAGUUGUCAAUUUCAUGGUCAAUGAAUUUACUCAAGAAUUAACUGGACAGACUAUUCGUGAUUAUAUUAUUCCAAAAUUAACAAGUCAAGAUUACGAUAAGAUGGUAUUAACGUUAAGAAAUAUUGGAAUUUCUGCUGCGACUGCCUGUUCUAGUGCUGCUUAUGCUGCAAUUAAGAAGGAUGACCUAGCUAGUGCUGCUAAAAUUAUGAAUACUUAUGAUGCAUACUUUUCACCUGGAUUAUUCAGAAAACCUUUACUUUUUGCUCUCACUUCUAAACGUGAUUAUGAAAACUACGUUAAAUGCAUUCGAUCAAUUCAUGAUGGAGUUCCUAGACUUCAGAAUAUUAAUGUUAAUCAAAUUAAGGAAGCUGAAGAGGACAAUAUUGAAGGCGAAGCAAUUGUUGAAGAAGAAUCAGCAGACUCCAGAGUUGAUAAAUUACAAGGUGAUAUUGUCGGUUCCUUUGUUGUUGAUGCUGUAUUGAAUAUAAGAAACAAUAAAGUUGAAGCCAUUCAGAAAAUCCUUGAAGGACUUGCCGAACAAGGAUUAUCAAUGAGUAGCAGUAAAGCAGAAAUUGUUCAAAAUCGCAUUGGUGAACAAAUGACAAACGAAUUAUCUGCAUUAUUGGCAAAAUUAACUUCUGGUGAAUUAGAGCCAAUUCCAUUAGAAAAACGUCAAAACAAAUUUUCGAACGCAAAUUUGAAGCCAGAAGCACUCGAAAGAAUUAUUAAUCGUUUGGACGAGAAGGGAGAAAAUACAAAAGGAAUGAAAAAGCAGCUUUUAAUUCAGUCAAUUAGAUCGAGAGAUUUGGAAAAGACAGAAAAACUUAUUGAGAAAUUUAAGCAAGAAGGAUAUACAUUGAGUAAUGGCGUUUAUGCUCUGUUGUUAGAGCUUUAUGCUUCAAAUAAUAAAGCCGAUGAAGCCUUCAAAAUUUUCAAUCAAAUUAAGGCUGAAGAUAAAGAUUUCGAAUUGGACGACGUAAAAACCAUAAAAUUGAUGCAGGCACUCGUUAAUAAUGAGAAAAUUGAUGAAGCUAUCAAGUUUUUAGAGGCUAAUAAACGAGCAGAGAUUCCCGAUGCUAAUGGAUUCCAAUAUAACAUUACAUGCUGGAGAUUACUCAACACACUUGCUGAAAAAGGAGAUACAGUUCGAUUAAAUGAUCUGUUUAAUGCUUUGAUAUCCAAUAAUUAUGCAACAGCGAACAACAUUUUGUUGGGACCUCUAAUUAAAGUUCAUAUCGUUAAAAAUGAAAUUAAGGAAGCAGUCGAGAAGUUUGAAGAAAUCUGCCAGAAGCAUCGUGCAACACCUUGGAAAAAUGAGUUGGCAUGUAAAUUAAUUCAAGCUGAAGAUGCUCUUAGUCUUCAGAAAAUAACAGAUUUAAGCACAGAAAUUCACGGUGAAGUUAAUAGCUUGUAUGAUCUUGUUUUCUCGUUCAUUGAAUGUGGACGAAUUCGUCAAGCACGAAAGAUUCUCGAAACGCCAGGCUUAAGAACACGCACAUACAACCGAUUUGGAACUGUUUGUGAACGAUAUGCAGAGGAAGGAAAGCCUGUGAUUUUGGAAGGUCUUGUUGAGGCUACAAAGGAUUUGAACCAUAUUGACAGAUCUGAAAUAUAUUACAACUUGUUGCAGACAUACAUUAAAGAUAAAUCUGUUGAUAAGAGCUUGGAAUUGUGGACUAAGAUGCAGGAAGAAGACAUUACAGCCUCAGAUGCAUUAAUGACUAAACUAGCUGAUUUCCUAAAGUCUGAAAACGCCGAAGUUCCAUUUGUUGUUCCACAAACUGAAAAUGCUCAGCCAAAGAAAAAGGCAGAACAAUCUAAACAAAAGACAGAACAGCCACAGAAACCCAAAGCUGAGCAACCAAAAGUAAGAACUGAACAGUCAAAACCCAAAGUUUCUCCAAAACCAGCCUUAAGUGAGCCAGUUGCACAAUUUAAGAAUGACGUUAAGGCACGCAAUGAUGCAGGAAUCGAGGCAUUUAUUUCGAAUACCGAUAAUUUAAGUUCAUUUGGAUCAAUGACAACGUUAGAAAAGUCCAAAGUUAUCGAAGCAUUAGCCAAGAAUGGAAGACUUAAUGACGCAAAUAAAUUAGUAUUUGAAAUGCUUAACGAAAAAAUCUAUCCACGAUUAAAUAUCUUUAGAUUCUACUUAAAUAAAUUGGCCACAAGCGGAGAUACAGAGACAAUGGAACAAAUUGGAAACUUGAUUGAUUCAGAAUUAAAGAAGGAAUUGUCAUUUGAUAAUCGUUAUUGUCACAGUUUUGUCACACAAGGAAAGGUCGGUGACUAUCUUAAACGUCUCGAAAACAAUAUUGAAAAUGCAAAGACACCGGAAGACAUCCAAAAAGCAGGCGAAAUUUUCCCAAGAGGAGGAGCCAUCGGAUUACUAGAAGCCUCACCAGAAAUAGCACCACAGUAUGAAGCAAUGGCCCGAAAGUAUGCAGAACAAAAUAUUCUCGGUCCAAUUAAUGUUUUAUGGAUUCAUCACUUUAUUAAUGGAAAUAAUGAGCAAGCAGAUAAAUUAUGGAAGGAAUAUUUGUCAUCAGCACCAAGAUUAAUGUUCCACAGAAUCGUUCAAGUAGCUCGCGAGAAGUCUGACACAAAAUUGGUUGAAGAACUCCUAUCAAAGCUUAAAAAUACAGAUACAAUUUCAGAAGGAGCCAUUGGAAAUGUUUAUAGUGCAUUAAUAGACAUCCAGACAGGCAAAGAAAAUGUCCCACAAAUUUUAGAAUCACUGAAGAAGGCAAUUGAUGCAGUAUGUCUUGAGAAUAUUAAUACAACAGCACUUAAUAGAGCGAAACAGGUUGUCGAGAAAGCUGGACAAAGUUUUCCAUAUAAAAUACCCGAAAAGAAAAUUAAAAAUAAGGAGAGUAGCAGCAGUUCAAGUAGUUCCAGUUCUGACGAUGAUGUCAAACAAAAGUCGUAGAUUAAUAGACAAUUAUAAUUAAUUAAAUUUUAGAUGUAAUUUAUCCACAAAAUAAAAAAAAAUAUAAAAUAGAAACUUUUAUGCCUGAAAUCACACAAAAACAGAAAUUGAAUAAACUGUAAAGCUAUACGAGUUAUGAUAAAA